AGAAAGAAAACGUUCCAGGCCAUAUCGGACACGGGCACAACAUACAUUGCUGGUGCGCAAGUUGAAAUUUACCGACUCGCUAAAGCGAUUGGAGCCACGGUUGACGAAAACCUUUGUGUAUUCGCGGGAUUUCCUAUUGAUCUUAUGGGAUUUGGACCACAAUGGAUUCUCGGCUACCCCUUCAUUCGUCAGUACUGCAAUAUCCACGACAUGGAGAAAGAGAGAAUAGGAUUUGCAAGGUCCAUUAUUAACCAGUGGAUUCUGAUUGCGUUAGGGAAACGAGGAGGCAUAAUGGACUUGAAAAAUCGAGAUCCAGGGAUUGGCUUUGCUGUGUUUCUGUUUGAGUGCACGCUGGGUUAUCAAGCUGCCGACGCGUGUCAGUACCUUAUUUCAACCUAA